AGCGGGGCCAGGUUAUUCCAAGCAUCCCGGAUGAAGGCGCUGAUAAGGAUUGAGAACUGGAAUGAAGGAAUUGACUUGAUGACGAUGAUUCUCCCGGGACCACUCGCGCUCUCACGCCUCUGCCAGUCUCGCUCCUGCCGGUGCCCAGACUGUCGUGAAGCGAGUAGAAAAGGUGGUGAAAUAAAGACGGCAGGAUUCGAAGACCCCCAAAAGCAAGAAGCAAAAGGGAGCAGACAAGAGAAAAGAGAGGAAACUCACAGAAAAUCAAGAGAGAAAUCCACAAAAGCCAAAGAACAAACCCAAAGAAGAUGGGAGAAACCCAAGCAUAAUUCCCCAGGUGAUGAUAACAGUUCCAACUGCAAUCUUGAUUUGGACACUGAAAAUUCAUCGGGAGAGCCUCCCAAAAAGAGACCUGUUACCCACUACAGGGAUUAUGACAAAUUAUUUCUUCAGCAGGAGUGUCAAGAAUCAAAAAAUUGGAAGUAUGAUGAAUGCAGCAGCCCCUUGGGGAAAUUCAGUCACAGCGAGGAAGAGGAUUUUGCCGAUCAGCUGAAACAGUACAUACAAGCAAAAGAAACCUCAAGCACUGCCUUAAGAACCCCAGUGCCUGAUGAAGCCCUGAAAACCCAGGAGAUGAAAGGGAUCCAACAAAGUGUUGAACAGAAGGGUAAAGACCUCAGCGUCGGUCGCGGCCGCGGUUUGCAGAAGAAAACGAAGCGCAAAGACCGAGGAAGAGGAAGAGGAGGUAAUAAAGGGCCUAAUGCAUUUUCAGGAACAGAUGGCUUUCAAGAGCCUAGUCAACCUGUGAAGAAAUGUGUGAAGUUGAGUCAAGAGUUCAUAAAUCAGCACACCGUGGAGCGCAAAGGAAAGCAGAUCUGUAAAUAUUUUCUGGAUGGGAGGUGCAUCAAGGGAGAACAAUGCAGAUUUGAGCAUGAAGGAGAAUUGGAGAAGAGAAAGGAAAUCUGCAAAUUCUACAUCCAGGGCUACUGCAAUAGAGGGGAGAAUUGCCGCUACAUGCACAAUGAAUAUCCGUGCAAGUUCUAUCACACGCGAACAAAGUGCUACCAAGGUGACAAGUGCAAGUUUUCUCACGCUCCCCUGACUGAGGAAACCAAGGAACUCCUGGACAAGGUUCUGAAUCACGGAGAGAAGCCGGUCAAUGAGGUUGAAAGCAGUUCAGAACACCCCGGGAUUGAAGACCCAGUCCCUCCUCCUCCUCCCGUUCCUCCUGCUAUGAUACCUCUACAAGCCAGCUGUUUGCCAGCACCCCCAAGGUUGUUUUCUGUUCCCGAAUCCAAAGAAACAAACUGAUAUUUUCGAGGACUCCAGGAACACCCGGGGGGUCUUUUAAAAAGUGUGAAAACCCGUUGUGAAUAAAGGCCAUAAAAUCGCAAA